UAAUAUUAUUCAAUAUAAUUUUUCAUUUACUUUGAUAAUAAAAAAAAAUUAAGUUGGCACUUCAUUUUAACCUUGUAAUAUUGAAUUUAUUAGGUACUAUUAAAUAAACAAUAAAGAUUAACAAAUCAAAAUUUAUGAUAAAUACGAGAAUAUUUUAUGGAACCACAGUUAAGAGCUAUAUUUUGGUUACAAAUUAAUAUAAAUAUUAUAGUAUGUAGUUAAUUGUAUAAAAAAUUAUUUGUACAUCAUCUUUUAUUCUAUAAAAGAAAAUUAUAAUAUCUGUUUCAAAAGCUUCAUAAUGAUAAUAAACUCAUUUUUUUACAUUUAUUAUUUAUUAAGUUAGUGGAUUAUUGUAUUUAUUUUGCUUAUUUAAUAUUGAUAAAUGUAGUAUCAAAAGAAAUACUUAUAAUACACUACUUAUUUUUAAGUUUUAUUAAUGAAUGCAAUUGAAAUAGCUUUAAAACUACCAUUUUUGUUUCCAUUGUUUCCGAAGUAAAAUUAAUUUUUUUUCUGUCUUUAAAAGAAUUAAAUUUAUUUAAACUACUUAAUUAUUCAAAAAUAUUUUAUCACUAGGAGAAGCUAUAACAAGGAGUCAUAUUAAACAGACUACAGAGUGUCUUACAGUAUUAAGUGUUGUUCAAGUGGUGGAUAAUAAAAAACUUUGUUACCACUAUUACUUAGUCCCUCCCCCCACAAUCAACUAUUUUAACACCCUGUACAAUUGUUGUUUACUAGUCUAUAUAUAUUUAUUAUUAUAUUAUUUAAUGUAGGUAUUUCUCAAGUGCAAUUGAAUAUUCGUGUACCUACCUAAUUUACUUCAUAUUAGUUAUUUUAACAUUCAUUAACUACUUACCUAUACUAAUGAAUUAGUGUUAAUACGUCGUUAUAGAAUAAAUGGUUACAUACAUAAUAUAUAAUGUAUCAGUCAAUGGAUUUUAAAGGGUAUGAUUUAUCUAAAGAAAGUGAAGAAAUUGUACCCAUUGGAUCCUUAAAUCAUCUAUCAACAAAAUAUGAGAGCUUAGAUUAUGAAGUCAUCGAAAAUGAAUUGUACCGUGAAGAAGAACAAAAAAAAGGUUAUAGAUAUGUCGUACAAAAAGAUUUUUCUAGGUGGAUGACAUUUUUUUGGAUUGGGGUAUCAAUUUCCUUUAUUGGAAUAAUAAUUUUUAUUUCCAUUGAAAUUGGGACUACUUUUAAGUUCAACAUGAUCAAAAAAUACUUUGAUGGCUGUACAGAAGCGGAUUGUAUGGUUAAACCAUAUUUGGUGGCCCUUUUACUGAACUUAAUUCCUUCAUUAGUUGGGUCAUGUCUUAUAGUUUAUGUUGAGCCUAUGGCUAAAGGUUCCGGUAUCCCAGCUGUGAAAUGUUUUUUAAAUGGAAUCAAAGUACCAAGAUUGAUUAGACUGAAAACAUUGGUUGUCAAAGUGAUUGGUGUUACAUGUGUGGCACUUGGUGGUAUGUGGGGUGGUAAAGAAGGUCCUAUGAUUCACGCAGGAUCUAUAGUGGCCGCUGGAGUUUCACAAGGAAAAAGUACAACAUUCAAUAAAGAUUUGGGUGCAUUGAAUUUUUUCAGAGAAGAUCAUGAAAAAAGAGAUUUUGUAUCUGGAGGUGCUGCAGCAGGAAUAGCUGCCGCUUUUGGUGCUCCAGUUGGUGGCCUGCUAUUCAGUUUAGAAGAGGGUGCUAGUUUCUGGAAUCAAGCCCUUACAUGGCGAACAUUUUUUGGAUCUAUGGUUUCAAUGUUCACAUUACACUCUGUUUUAAGUGCUUAUCAUGGACAUCCAGGUGACCUUACAUAUAAAGGUUUGUUAAAUUUUGGAAAAUUUGAUGAUCUAUCAUAUCAUAUACUCGACAUUCCAGUUUUUGUACUGAUGGGUAUAAUUGGUGGCUUGACAGGAGCACUGUUUUGCCAUUUAAAUCUCAAAUUAGUUAUAUUCAGAAAAAGAUAUGUUAAUAAGGACUGGAAAAAAGUUUUGGAAGUUUUAAUUGUGUGCGCAACUACAGUGACUAUAAGUUUUUUACUCAUUCUGUUUACUAGUGAUUGCAAAAAAUUAGGACUUGAUCCAACAGAUCACCCUAUUCAGUUUGGAUGCAAUGAUGGUGAAUUUAAUGCUAUGGCUGCUUUAUGGUUUCAGCUCUUAGAGGGAACAGUGCGAUCACUGUUUCAUGAUACUCCUGAUGUUUUUAAUACAACUACGGUAGUUUAUUUUUGUUUAUGUGCUUAUUUCAUAACAUUAUGGACAUAUGGAGUACAUUUUAGUGGCGGUGUAUUAAUACCUGGACUAUGUACUGGAGCAGCAUGGGGACGUCUUGUUGGACGAGCGGUAUUUCAUUUUUUUCCAAAUACAAAUAUAGGUAUUUAUUCGUUGAUUGGUGCUGCAUCACAAUUAGGUGGAAUCACAAGAAUGACAAUUAGUUUGACAAUUAUAUUAGUAGAAGCUACUGGAAGUAUAACAUUUGGCUUACCACUUAUGAUUUGUUUGAUGACAGCUAAGUGGGUUGGGGAUUUUUUUUCUGAAAGCAUAUAUGACACACAGAUUGAGUUAAGCGGUAUGCCAUUAUUAGCUUGGGAUCCACCUCCAUUAUCUUCUAACAUCUAUGCCAACAAUUUAAUGACACAUCCAGUUAUUACAUUUAAAACUAAAGAAACAGUCGGAAACAUUGUAAAAAUAUUAAAAACAUAUUCACAUAAUGGUUUUCCAGUAAUUGAAUACGUACAGAAUUAUGAAUUAGAUGAAGGCAAAACUAAAUGUUAUCUACGUGGUUUAAUAUUACGAUCACAACUAAUUGUACUUUUGGAAAACAAAGUAUUUCAUGGACCCCUGACUAAUUAUUGGGACUCUGUUACAAUGGAAACUUUUAGAGAAGACUAUCCUAGGUACUCAAGUAUUGAAGAUAUUGAACUACUGCAGAAUGAUCUUAAACUAACAAUUGAUUUAUCGCGAUUCAUGAAUCCUUCGCCAUAUAUCGUCCAACAUACAAUGUCAUUGCCACGCAUUUUUAAAUUAUUCAGAGCUAUGGGACUUCGGCAUAUAGUUGUUGUAAAUGAUUCAAAUGAAGUUGCUGGGAUUGUCACACGGAAAGAUUUAGCUCGAUAUAAAGUAAUUAGACACAUGGGUAAAAUCAGUGUAACCGAACUAAAGUUUUCAAGCAAAAUGGAUUAGGCAAAUAAUUUCUGUAUAGUAAUUGUCAAUAAUUUUAUUUCUUUUUAAAAUCUUACCUUAAAAUAUUUACUUAUUAUGUUAUAGAUGAUAUAUUUACAUUAAUUUAUAUUAACCUAUUGUGCCUAUAUAUUUAUUUUGUCACUCUGAUUUAAUUUAGAUCAUUAAAAAUAUAAUAUUAAGAAAUAACAUUUUUAAAUGUGGACGUAAUAACCUAGGAUAUUAUACAGUAUUAUCAAUCAUUAUUUGCCUUCAAAAUUAAAUUUUUCAAUAAAAUAUUAUUUUUGUAAUAUUACUGCGCUGUGAAAUUAAAUUUGACAGCAAUCAUUUAAAUAUUAUAUAGGUAUUUAUGAUAAACCGUAAUAUUGUAGAAAUACAAUUUGUUAAUAUAGCAAUACACUAAUAAUUAUACACCUAUAUUAAAAUAUAAAAUUUUAAUUGGCAUAUUUUAUACUUCAAAUGUUUUUGUUGUAUCUUGCAUGUUUAUAAUUUACUAUUUAUUUUAAUCCGACUUAAUUCCCAAGAUCUUGUGAAGUGAUUAA